CCAGACUUAAAAAAAAUAACCUAACCUAUGGAUAUUAUUUAAUUUAAUCAACAAAAAACAACAACAUCAUCAAAUAUAUUCUACAUCAACAUAUUUAUUUAUAAUAUAAUUUAUAUUAAGUUUUCUACAUCAUAAAAUCUAUAAAAAAUAAUCACCUAUUAUUUUAAAAUUAUUUAAAAAAUAAAAAAAAAAUCAGCAACAACCAACCCCAAUCAUCAACUACCACAACAAGUAUUAUUAGGAUACAAUACAUCAUCAGCAUACUUCCCCUACUGAGGCAAUAACAACUACAAGUGAGAAAAAGGGAUAACUCAACAAUAAAAACAAAAUUUCCAUUAAAAAAUAAAAAAAAUCACAAAAAAUUAUAUAUAAAACAAAAUAAUAUUAAAAAUAUUAAAAAUUAUAUUCAUCUAAAAAUUAAACAAAAAAAAAAAAAAAUAAAACAAACAACCCCUAGGAUUAUCUUAAGGCAACAGAAGCAGGUUUAAGGACAACGUGACAACAGCAAUUGAAAUCAGAGGAUAUAAAAAAACAACAACAACAUACAUAUAUUAUCAUUAUUACAUGCUAUAUAACAAAUUAUAUAUACAUAUAUUUCUAUAUAUCAGAAAAAAAUCAACAAAUUUUCGGCUUAAGGACCUUAAAAAGGAUGUGGUGAGAGAGCUCGAAAAAAAACAUAAAAAUUUUUGAACCAUUUUUUCCUUUGGCAGUAAUUUAAGGCAGUUUAAGGAUAUGCAACAUUGAAGGCUGAUCAAAUAUUUUGAAUAAAAUUUGAAAUACAAAUCUAAAAUUUAAGCUAAGUCUAAGCAAAGCUAGAAGCAAAGGUUGGAGAAGUAAGAGAAAAAAAAAAACAAAAAAGAGAAAAAUUCCAGGAUCAAAUCAAGGAUAUCAUCAUCACAACACACAGAGGACAUACACCUACACACACACCCUCAAGAGAAGAGACUGAUUUUUUUAUAAGGAUAACAAAUUUGUAGCUCAUAAGGAUUUAAACCUAAAAAAUAAAGGGAGUCAAAGCUAAAUCAGAAGCCAGCCAUAGAUCAAAAAACAAAAAAAAAAUUCUUUAAGGUUUACUCAAGUCAGCAACAACAACAACAAAAACAAGUGAUUUGGAUAUAAUCCACCCAGCAAACAAAAAAAUACAAAAUAGUUUUGGAACAAAGUUAUAUAUUUUUCUAAAAAAAAUCCAAGGAGAAGCCCCGCUCCCCCCUCAAAAAAAAAAAAAAAAAGAAAAAAUGUUGAAAAAACUGAGAUGCCUAGAGGCAGCGGCCAAUUUGGCUAGAGAGGCCAAUGCCAAUACGAGUAAUAACAACAGCAAUGGGGUUGGCAACCCUGGGGGUAGUGCUCAGGCAAAUACCUCCACCACCACCCUGGCUCCGGGGAUAAAAAUCAUCAAAACCGAACCCCUGGACUAUGAGAUGCUACAUCUCGAGGAAAAGGAUCUGCGAGAGCGUCAAAUGUCCUCCGACAAUAAUGCCGCCAACAUGAUUUCCACAGCAACCCAACCCCCGCCUCCCCCGCAGCGUUACCAACAUGUACAAGUUCAAACCGUACCUCCACGUCAGGGCAUUACCAACAACGGCAACUCUCAGAAGGUCAUUCUCACACCACGUGUGGAAUAUGUACAAAUACCGCUUAGCGGGGAGCAGCGUUCAGGGACGGGCGGGACAGGACAGCAGAUAAUUAUUACCCGAACCCUGCCCUCCUCAGCUGCUGCCGCCGCCACAGUCUCUUCAACGGGGUCUCCGGGGCAUCACAUCUCACGGCGUCACUCCGCCAGUCCCUCGCAAUAUCAUCGAGUUUCAUUGGCUGUAUCCCACAGUCAGAAUAGCCACUCAGCGCCUUCAUCACCACCGCCUUUACAUCACCAGCAACAGUCACAACAACAACAACCAUCACAGCAAUCAUUGAGCUCAGGUUCCCUAGCCUCAAACCAACAGUUUCAACAGCAACCACAACCGUCGCAGCAACAUGUGCGCGUCAUACGCGAUGGCCGUCUCUAUGAGGAGUCGACCACCACCAUUGCCUGUGCCAAUAGCCUGAGAAGGCAAUCGGUUUCACCGCCGCCCUUGCAACACUACUCGCGUUCCGCGCCGGUUUCACCAGCCAACGGCGGGGCUGUCGGUCUGAUAAGACGUUACACGCCUCAAUCCGGGUCAUCGUCUUCGCCGUCAUCGCCACCACCGCCGCCGCCUCCACCUCCGCCACCGCCAACACAAAGUUCGGCGGCCUCCUCCUCCUCGUCUUCUUCAGGAAAUCCCGUUACAGUUUCCAGCAGUAGCGGUCAUCACUUAACAAAUUCUACGUCUUCUUCUUCCUCCUCCUCCGCCUCCGCCGUUUCGAAUUCUUCCACAAAUUCCUGUACCUCCAACAAUACUGCCAUGCGUCCACCACCACCACCGCCGCCACCAAAAAUCAAACACACCUCUGCCUCCCUGGGUCUGGGUGGUACACAUCAUGCAGUCGUUAUAGGUGGUGGUCCCGGCAACUGUAUGGCCGACAGAUCAUCGGCCAUGGCCUGUUCUCCAUCCUCAUCAUCGGGGUCGUCAUCGUCAGCAGCCUCAUCCUCUAUGGGUUCCCAUCAACAGCAGACAUCAAUGUCCAGCUCUAGUUCAAUGGGUCUAAAUGGCAGCUGUGAAGAGCCAUCCAGCUCGAUACCAGAUUUAGAAUUUGAUGGCACCACAGUCUUGUGCCGUGUCUGCGGCGAUAAGGCUUCCGGCUUUCAUUAUGGUGUCCAUUCGUGUGAAGGCUGCAAGGGCUUCUUCCGUCGCUCUAUCCAGCAAAAGAUUCAAUAUCGCCCCUGUACAAAAAAUCAACAAUGCAGCAUAUUGCGCAUCAAUCGCAAUCGCUGCCAAUAUUGUCGGCUGAAAAAAUGCAUUGCCGUCGGCAUGAGUCGAGAUGCUGUGCGAUUUGGUCGCGUGCCGAAACGUGAAAAGGCUCGCAUAUUGGCCGCCAUGCAACAGUCCACACAAAAUCGUGGCCAGCAAAGAGCUUUGGCCUCUGAAUUGGAUGACCAGCCUCGUCUCCUGUCGGCUGUGCUAAGGGCCCAUUUGGAUACCUGCGAGUUUACCAAAGAAAAGGUAGCCGCCAUGCGCCAAAGAGCCCGUGAAUGUCCUUCCUAUUCAAUGCCAACAUUAUUGGCCUGUCCCCUCAAUCCCGCCCCCGAAUUACAAUCAGAACAGGAAUUCUCCCAGCGUUUUGCCCAUGUCAUACGUGGCGUCAUUGAUUUCGCCGGCAUGAUACCCGGCUUCCAGCUGCUCUCACAGGACGACAAAUUCACUCUCCUCAAGGCCGGUCUCUUCGAUGCUCUGUUCGUGCGCCUCAUCUGCAUGUUCGAUAAUUCCAUCAACAGCAUUAUCUGCCUGAAUGGCCAAGUUAUGCGUCGUGAUGCCAUACAAAAUGGUGCCAAUGCCCGUUUCCUGGUCGAUUCCACGUUCAAUUUUGCGGAACGCAUGAACUCCAUGAAUCUGACAGAUGCCGAGAUUGGCUUGUUCUGCGCCAUUGUCUUGAUCACACCCGAUCGGCCGGGUCUGCGCAACAUUGAGUUGAUCGAACGCAUGUACAAUCGUUUGAAGGGCUGCCUCCAGACCAUCAUUAAUCAGAAUCGUCCUGACCAGCCGGAUUUCAUGAGCAAACUCUUGGAAACCAUGCCCGAUUUGCGCACCCUGAGCACUCUGCACACCGAAAAGUUGGUGGUGUUCCGCACCGAACACAAGGAGUUGUUGCGCCAACAAAUGUGGUCCAUGGAAGAGGAUCAACAGGUGUUGUCCAAGAGUCCCAAUGGCUGGGAUGAUCAUCGCAUGGAUGUUGAGGCCAAGAGCCCGUUGGGUUCGGUCUCCAGCACAGAGUCGGGAGAUUUGGAAUAUCAAAUUUCCUCCACCACCACCAGCAGCAGCGGCGGUGUGGUCAGUGCACCCCAUCACCUCAGUCAUCAUGGCAGCCAACAGACCUCCUCAUUGGCCUCCUCGGCCCCCUUGCUGGCUGCCACACUGUCCGGCACCUGCCCCCUGCGCAAUCGUGCCAAUUCAGGUUCGUCGGGAGAUUCUACCAAUGAACUGGACAUUGUGGGCUCCCAUGCCCAUUUGACCCAGAAUGGUUUGACAAUCACACCCAUUGUUCGGGCCCAUUCCCACCAACAGCUGCAUCAUCAUCUGACCAGUGCUCCGGCCCAGCAUCGUUAUCGCAAGUUGGACUCCCCCACCGAUUCGGGUAUUGAAUCGGGUAACGAGAAGACAGAGUGUGGUGGCAAGACCGUGAGCUCCGGUGGUUCCUCCUCUUGCUCCAGUCCGCGUUCCAGUGUUGAUGAUGCUCUCGAUUGCAGUGAGAACUCGGCGGCGGCAGCAGCAGCAGCAGCGGCGGCAGCCGUGGCCAGCAGUACCCAGGUAACGGUUUCUGUUUCACCGGUGCGCUCACCGCAGCCCAUGUCCGCAGCAGCCACCUCAACGUCCAACUCGUCAACAUCUCCCUCCACAAUGGGCGCCUCGGGUGCCACUUUGAAGCGGCAAAUUGUCGAUGACAUGCCGGUGCUGAAAAGAGUGCUGCAGGCUCCGCCACUCUACGAUACCAACUCGCUGAUGGAUGAGGCCUACAAGCCGCACAAGAAAUUCCGGGCCCUGCGUCAUAGGGAAUUCGAGGGCGCCGAGGCAGAUGCCACUAGCUCCACCAAUCCAGCAACGUCCUCGUCCUCAUCAUCAUCGAGCAUACCUGCCGCAGCAUCCAGCCCUCAAUUGGCUGCGGGUAACCAAAGUCCACCACCUGCGGCCAGCAACUCCACAAAUUCCGCUGGCCAAAGCCAGGUGCUUAUUGUGCCACAAGCCACGCAUUCCCCCCAGCCCACAUCGUUUGUGGCGGCCAGUUCCCCGCCAGCCAUUGCGGCCCAGCAUCAGAGUCAGCUGCAUAUGCACUUGACCCGGCCCACUCCCACCAAUUCCAACAGUGGGGCCCAUCAUCAGCAACAGCAGCCCUCAUCGUUGUCCAGUACCCAUUCCGUGUUGGCCAAGUCUUUGAUGGCCGAGCCCAGAAUGACGCCCGAGCAGAUGAAACGUUCCGACAUCAUACAAAACUAUAUUAUGCGGGAGUCUAGCUCGACGAACUUGAUGGCCUGUUCCCCACAUGGUCCAGGCAGUCGCAGUCCGGCCCCAGGGGCUGUGCAUGGUCUACAUGCUUUGUAUGGAGCCAGCAAUUCGCCCAGUAGCUCUCCAAACUCCAAUUGCAAUUCUCCCUCGACCACAACUGUGACGGCCUUGGCCUCACCGCCCGUCAAUGGGGCCGGCCGCUGGGCAGGACAUUCCGUUAUUACCACCACAACGAUAAACCAACGCCAGCAGUCGGUGUCGCCCAGCAGCAAUGGUUCAUCAUCAUCCUCCACCUCAUCAUCAGCCUCCUCAUCGUCAGCAUCGUCCUCGUCGGCGGGUUGCCAGUAUUUCCAAUCACCGCACUCCACCUCGGCCUCGGUGUCACCGCCCCGGCCCUCACCGUCGGCCAUGAACACACCGCCACGUCUGCUAGAGUUGCAGGUUGACAUUGCCGAUUCCCAGCAGCCGUUGAAUUUGUCCAAGAAAUCACCCACACCACCUCCCAGUAAAUUGCAGGCUUUGGUGGCGGCGGCCACAGCGGCUCAACGUUAUCCCACAGUGUCGGCUGAUGUUACCGUGACGGCCAGCAGUGGAGGUGCCGUGGCCACGGCGGCGGUGGCGGCAGCCGCCAGCAGUAGUGCAGCGGCCCAUCAGCAGGUGCAGAAGGUUAUGUUGGAAGCGUAAGUGGGGAAAGAGAAAUGUUCUCAAAUCAUGUUGAGAUUUAGUAGAUCUUGAUAGAGAGCAAGUGAGAGAGAGAGAAAGUGAGAGAGGGAAAGUAAGAGAUUUUGUUUCUAUGAUAAAAAGAGAGGAAUUGUUUCUUUUUUUUUUUGUAACAGUAUUUUUUUGGGAGACAAAAUACUUUCUCAGCUCUUUUCCUCCCCCUCAACACUCCCCAGCAGCCUGGUGUAAAUUUUGAUUGUUUCCGUGUAAAUUUUUUCUUCUGUGUGUAAAAAAAGCUACUUGAAAAAAAAAUAUUUUAAGAAUAUUUAAAACACAAUUCAAAAUGAUCGAGACUGAUGCAAAAACAAACAAACAAAAACACAACUUUGCAAAAUAAGAAAUACAAAAACAAAAAAAACAAACAAAGAAGUUUUAAGAAAAUCAUAGAGUAAAUGAGGAGUAAUCCUGGAGAUGAUGAUGAAGGCAGCCAAUCAAUACAAAACAAACACAAUAAACCAUUUCCUUAAAUAAAAACAUCCAAAUACAGGGGCGGGCAAUUAGAAAAAAAAUUGAAAUAAUUUUUUUGAUUUUUUUCAUUUGCUGUUAUUGUAAAAAAAAACCCCAAAUUUAAUGCUAAUGAUUAUAUAUAUAAAAAAAUUAAAUUAUUUAAAAAAAAAAACAACAGAAAACUGUACAAAAAAUUAUGCAUGCAAUUAUGUGAAAUAAAUAAAAAAAGUCCUUUUUUUAAAUUUAAAAAAAAAAUUAUUAAAAAAAUACCACUUAUAAUUAUAAGCUUGAAUUAAAAAAAAAAAUUGUAUUUAAAAAAAAAUAUUGAAAAAAAAUUACACACACACAAAUUUGAAAAACAAACCUGUAUUAAAUGAAACCAUUUUUUUUUAAAUUGUAAUAAUUUAAAAACAACACAAACAAAAACAAUUUUAAUUCUUACUUAACCCCUGUUAAAUAUAUUUUAAAAAUAAGUAAAAAAAAAAACAAAACAAAUAGAAAUUCGGCUAGAAGCCAGAACUUUUCAAGAAGAGAACUAAUUUCCUGGAGAUUUUAAUUAAAAAAAAAACAAUUUUCCCCCCCACAUGGGGGAAAAUGUUGGAAAUUUUCCUUAAUAAAAAUUUUCUUGGAAAAAGAGAAAGAAAAACUACCAAGAACUCUGCGAGUUUUAAAAAAAUGAUUACUAUGAUUUAUUAAUAUUUUAUAUUUAUGAUGAUGAUGAUGAUGAUUUUUGCUUUACAAAGAAAGUGGCAGUUGUUACAAAGAAAACGGAAAAAUAUACUAUAUUUUAUAAAAAAAAUAAUAAUAAUAACUAUAUUAAGCUAUACAUAAAAUACAUACUAUAUAUAUACUAUAUAUACAUUACUCUUUUUGUUUUUGCAGUUAUAAUUAUUAUUAUUUUGAUUAUUAUUAUUAUUAUUGAUUACAAUUUGUUUUUAUGUAUUUAAUUCUUUAAAUUUAACUAAAAGAUAAAACCAACCCC